CAAGUGUUACACAGUUGCUUUAUUUAUUCUUUUACUAUAGCACUGACAUUAGAAUGCAAACAAUUUAUAUUACGUAACUUUGUUUCUAACGUGAAUUGUACAUUAUAAGUUUUGACUGUGAAAUACAGCUUAUGUGACGUUAUGUUUGCAUGAAAGAUCAAGAUGGAUAUACGUGUAUUGUUUAAAACCGGAUUAUACCUUAUAGUUUCUGAUUACUAUUCUCCUGGGUGCUAUGACCUAUCACGUGACCGGCUAUCCAACGGGUGCCCCCAUUGUGGCCUGCGAGCAGAUGAGACCUUACCAUCCACCAACGACCACUACCGGUGAACCGCCAUUUGCAAUCAAGAUCACUCAGACGUUUUACAAACCAGGCUCAGAAAUCAAAGGGACCAUCUACUCGCCUACGGGUGUGCUGUUUAGGGGCUUCCUGAUUGAGGCCCGUCUCCAGGACGCAUCGUCCACAGACCCUUACGGGACCUUCAGUGUGAUUGAUUCCAAUACCCAGACGCAGUGCGGAAUGGGUUCCAAGCAAGGCCUCACACAUGUGAGUAAUACUAACAAGACGUCUGUGAACUUCAGUUGGACUGCCCCACCUGCUUCUGUUGGCGAUAUCAACUUCCGUUUGACAGUGGUGGAGUCCUAUAACGUGAGCCGAUACUGGCUACGUAUUUUCUCGGCUGUCUUGGAGGAUUGUGCCAAGCACAUUGACAAUCCCGGAUGUGACGGUCACACAACACCACCGAACACAGGAAGUACGCCUCCUAGCAACCAAUCAACAGAAAGCACCCAACACAUGACGACAACAACACAGGAGUUAACUACUACAGCCGGGUCUAAAAUACCUUACGAUGCUCAAUGUGGUAAAACCAUCGGCUGUUUCCCGAAAUGUCCGAGUGGGUGUGACUUCCUGGUGUCAUGGCAACCGCCCUUGACCAAUCGAAAUGGAGAUAUUCAGUUUGAUAUUAAGAUGAUGGUGCAGCAGACGACCUCAUUAUGGGUAGCUGUUGGCCUUUCGAAAACAGGGAAGAUGGAUAAAACAAGCGUUGCGGCUUGUGUAACCAACGAGGCGCAGGCUGUCGACAUACUGUCGUCCCAUAACGUGGACCACCAGAACAUACCAUAUACAAAUCCGAAGCUUGGCCUAACAUUGAUACACAGUUCUGUAUCUGGUUCUGAGAUCAGCUGUUCGUACGUCCGUCAGAGGAGUGCCAACGACUCAAACUUCUGGGACCUCUCGGAACUCUUGUACCUUGUGGUUGGCACUGGACCAUUCUUGCAAGGUGCUCUUCAGCCACACUCCAGUAUCCCGGUGGUCAGCAAAUAUAGGGUGAACUUCUCAGAGGCCUCUGUGCCCAAUACCGGGGAUACCACGUCCAGUCUGGUCAAGUUACACGCCUCUCUGAUGGUAAUUGCGUGGGUGUUCUUCUCCAGUGUGGGCGUACUGGUUGCCAGGCACUGCAAAUCUCUCGUAGAAUCCGAGACCAUGUGUGGGGUCAAGUACUGGUUUGCUAUCCACCGCUCAUUCAUGUUGUGCGCUGCCCUGUGUGUGAUCAUUGCCUUCGUUGUCAUUUUCAUCGAGGUGGGCGGUUACAGUCAGGUUGCGGCGGCUCCUGGUAAAGCGUUCACAAAGGCACACCCCAUACUGGGCAUCAUAGUUACAGCUCUGACUGUGCUCAAUCCUCUAAUGGCCCUGAUUCGGCCGGCUCCUGACGGCGAGUACCGCUUCCUGUUUAACUGGGCCCACUUCCUUGUGGGAACCAGUGCUCAUAUAUUGGCAGUUAUUACCAUAUUCAUUGGUGUGAAUAUCACAAAGGCCAACGUGAACAGCAACGUGGCUAUGGCUGUGAUGGGCGUAUACGUCGGAGUGUUCGUUUUAGUACACCUUGCAAUGGAAAUAUACAACAAGAGACAGAGCUCAGUGAAGAGUGGCUAUAUAAAGUUCAAUAACAUGGCAGACUCCUCCUCCACAACUAUUUCUCUUCAGAUGCGUUCAAUAUACUAUUCCAUUCAUCAGAAUGAUAACAAUCGGUCCAUUAAAACAUCUGGAUCCUCGGUCAAUGUCCAAAAGGUGGAGUCCAAUACCCCGUUUUUGCAGCGUGUUCUUGUGAUACACGUGCUUCUCAUGGCUGUGGCCGCGUUCGUCAUGGUGUAUCUGAUAGCAUCAGCAACGCAAACAGAUCAGCUGUGAUUACAACAUACUAUCAUAUUCAUAUUUAUAAGCUCAUUGCCCUUGGGUGCCAUGUGUUAAGAAGUUCAUCUUUCUCAUACAAAAACAGCCCAUGCAUUAUUUUCAACAGAACAUAAGAUAAUGCACUAAUAUUUGUGAGUUUAAAUGACUGAAAGAUCAACAAAUACGAAAUACUACUUGUAUAUUAUGCAGUUAGAUGCAGAUUUGAUCGGGGUCAGUGUAUCACCAUCAAGCAUUAGGCAUCUUGGAUAAUUGAUUGUGUUAGUCCAUUAAUUUUUAUGUACAAUUUCUAAUGGCAUGUGAACAACCAUCAUUUUUUUGGCCACACUGAUUUGUGGCUGUGUAACUUUUUUCGAUAUUCAGUCAGCAUCCAGAUGUCCUCAUCACACCUGCAAGGGCAACGCUCUUUUAACCAUCAAACGGUAAACAUUCUGCGAUGUUGAUCAGUAUCUUUAUAGCACCAUCAAGCCUUUGUCAACAUUGAUCGGUGACAGUGUAGCACCAUUAAGCCUAUUAAAACUUUGACGAGGGUUAGUGAAGCCCCAUCAAGCCUAUGAUAAUUUUGAUCGGUGCCAGUGUUGCACCAUCAAGUCUCUGGCAAAAUUAAUUGUCCAACCAUUAAGAUGUUUUCAUCAUUGAUAAUGACAUUGUAGCACCAUCAAACCUCCAGGGACAUUGAUCUUACAAUUGUAAAGCCUUUGUUAACAUUGAUCGGGAUCAAUUUGAAAUAAAGCUUUCUGGGAGUGUGAUUGGAACACCAUUAAUAUCAGGUACCACCCGCAAUUGCCAUAUAAUGACACCAAACUUGUUGCAACAUUGAACAAAAUGAGAACAUUUUUUUUGUUAUUUCAACUUAAUAACUUGAUAAGAAGAUUGGUCAGUCCAAGAAAAACAUUGUCUUGUUAAUAUAUAUAUUUGAUAAGAAUAUUGGCAAAGUGAAACUAGGCAUAGUAUGUGAUAAAUAGUUGUUUUAUUUAUCAUUUUUAUAUAGCUCUGUCUUCUUGAAUGCUUCUGCAUGAUACUUAUAUUUUUUCAACAAUGAAUUCUACAUGUUUAGACUGUGAUAUACAAUAUAUUUGCGUAAAGGAUCAAAAUGGAUAUAUAUUUAAAUUGUGACAGAGAUUCAUGCCUUAUUUUUAUACAAGGAUUUUUUUACAAAUAUAAUCAUGUUUUGUGGAGAUUAACCAUUUCUGUUUCAUUACAUUACUUGUAUACGCUUGCCGUGUGUGCGGCUGUGUUUCAUUACAUUACUUGUAUACGCUUGCCGUGUGUGCGGCUGUGUUUGUUUCAUUACAUUACUUGUAUACGCUUGCCGUGUGUGCGGCUCUGUUUGUUGAUUAUGGCACUGCCAUAAUCAGUUGACAGCAAACGCAAUUUCUAGUGCACUUAAUUGUGGAUAUUUUGUAUACAUUGUUGACUUCUUUGUGGAUAUCUUUUAUACAUAGUUGACUUCAUUGUGGAUUAUAUGUGUAAAUUAUUGAUUUUAUUGUCGAUUAAGAUGUUCUUUAUUUAUGUACAGCGUGCAAUACAUACUAGAAGUACAAAAAACUUCUUAUUUGAUUGCUGCACAAUGCUCAUUUUAAAAUUGUUUCUUCAUAUACACUUUUUUAUCACUAGAUCUUAUGCAUACCGGUAAUAUAAAAAUAAGCGUCUUAAAAAUUAUCUAACCAUGUUUGCUAUUGUUUUUUAACUGGUUGUGAGUACAUACAUAUUUUCAGAACAUGGUCCAUUACAAAGUGUCUAUGUUGUGAAGUACUUGGAGUAUUUCAUUUAACCAAUAGGACUUUACUUUAAUUCAGUUUUUAGCUUAAUUAUUCUUUGAAUAGUUUGAGAUAUAUGACUCACCAAAAUGUGGUCGGGGUAAUGCUCUGGAUAAGCUCAAUGUGCAACGUUUGUAUUUCACAGUUUUUACGAAGCUUAAUACUCAAAACUUUACAAAUAUGUUCAGGGUCAUUGUGUGAGGUCACUUACCAAGUCCUUUAACUCUGACUGGCAAGUUAUAUAGUUAUGCCAAGACCUACGUGUACAUGUGACCUGCUUUAAAGAGGGAGUGUGUCCACUUUGUAAUUAUAUGUCAGACUAAAUUUUGCAUGCAAGUUGAAAUUCAUUUAAAAAUUUGCACAUAACAUGUACAUAUCUCAGUAAGUACUACAGAUAUUUAAUUGAAACUUUACACAUGACUUGAGAUGUGUGAGGUCAUCGACCAAGGCCAAUUACUCUUAGCUGCACUUGAGCAGAAUUGUAUUAUGCCCCUUAUUGAACUUUUAGUAUUAAGAAAAUUCGAAUAAGUGUUUUAUGUUCAACUACUACUAUUUAUAGUUGAAAUGCAGACCUAGCGUUUGGUUGCAUUUAGAGCCAGUAGUUGCAAGGUCAAGGUCAUUAUUGCUUUUAAUAGAUAUAAAGACUAAGCUCAAUAUGUUCAGUUAGGAUGGAGAUAUUUUAUGAAAUUAAAUUUUGUGUGUAUGUAUUUUACUUGCAGAUUGAGAUCACAUUUGUGACCAGUAGGGUAAAGGUCACUGUUAUUGGCUCGCUAACUUUAGUUUGGAUCAAGGCGCUGUGCUGUUAUGUUGUUUGUCGUACAUAACAUAACAUGUUGUUUGUUGUAUCGAACAUGCAGACCUAUACUGGGAAAUCAUUUUAGACCCGUGGGAUUAAGGUCAUUGAUACUUACAUAAUAGAAAACAGGUUUUCGCGAAAUUACUUAUGGAGAUAUUGUGCUUUAAUGUGUUUAUUGGGUGGUGUUCAUGCCGAACUUUCUUCAAACUGAAUUUCAUUCAACUAAAAUUAUUGCUUCAUAGCUGAAAAAUUAGUUUCUUGGCAGUCACAUUUCUUUUCUUUUUAUUUGUAAAUUGUCAGCUUUAAUUAAUCAUCAAUUUUACCGUAACUAUAUAACUGCUACAUUAUUGAACUUCAAAUAUGUCUUUUGUGGCUAAAAUAUAUGGUGUCAUGACAGAAAAUGGACAUUAUUCAAUCAAAGAAGAUGAAUAGUUUAGCGUGCUGUCUUUGGACAGCUUUUGUUUUGGAAUACUACCUUCUGUCUUCAAAGUGUCAAUGUAUUUUUUUUUCCAUUCAAAUCUCAUUGAAAUAAUUAGCCCGCCCUUCGAGCCCACUUGUGUCAGUAUGAGUCUAAUGCACGCACAGCAUAUAAUGGUAUACACAAUCAAUGUACUCAUGAUGGUGACGUUCAAACGACCAAGUUACUGUGUAAGGAUGGACAAACACCUUUCCUUAUACAAGUUGUUUAUACAAUGUACAUGCUUGUUUUGCAGAUUGUAUAUCAAACUUCAUGACAUUGUUUUGAUUUGCACUUUUUUUGGAAUUAUUCGUCUUAUGAAAUCCCUUGAAUGUUUAUAAAAUGCUUUGCUUAUAUAACCUUUUUAUAACAAUUGUUACAAAUAAAACUUAUUUAUAA